AUGGCUCAUUUGGAAGCGCGAAAGCAUAUAUCCCCGGACUCCGGCUUCCCAAUCACCCUCCAUCCCCAUUUCAACGACAAGAUCAAGAAUCAUGUCCCUGCGGAGCCACGUCGCGAACCAUUUACUCCGCCUACAGACCGAGCCUUUUUCGCAGAUCCAGAGAAGAAAGCAUUGUUUUCUGUGGCCAAGCAAGUGGAUUUGACCGAGUCACUUGGAACCGUCCUAGAAAAUGUCCAGUUAUCCCAGUUAAACGGCACCCAGCUUGAUGAGUUGGCACUUCUUGUUAACGAACGGGGAGUUGUCUUCUUUCGUGAUCAGGAUCUUGAUACGGAGAAGCAGGUUGAAUUAUUUCAACACUAUGGAAUCCUGGAUAGACACCCUGCUCAAAAGUUCGUCAAUAUCCAAGGAAGUCGCGAGGAUCACCGGGAAAUCCUUAGUUAUACCCCAUGGGCUAGUGGAGACUUCCACGCCGAUACAUCUUUCGAGAUCAACCCUCCCUCAUAUUCUCUCCUGAGAAUGGAAGAACACCCCGACGUCGGAGGUGAUACAGCUUGGGUCUCUCAAUAUGGCCUUUAUGACGCCUUAAGUGAUGCAUACAAAAGAUUCCUCGAUGGUCUCCAUGCCGUGCAUACGUCACGAUUGCAGUGUCAGCUCUCGAAACAAACCCCAUACCUAGCGACUUUCAAACUUAUGAUGCGAAUAGAUGAUACAAUCCUGGACUUGUGGGGCGCCGGUCCCAAUCGCGCUCCAAUCGAUACCCAUCACCCAGCCGUGCGAACACACCCAGUCACGAAGCUCAAGGCACUGAACGUAAACCCUGGUUUUGUGACUGGCUUUGCGGAGCUUAAGAAAGUGGAAUCUGAUAAGGUUCUCGAUUUUCUGACAUAUCACAUCCACUCGGCGGAUGAUCAUUAUGUUCGUUGGAAGUGGGCUGUUGGCAGUGUUGCUAUGUGGGAUAAUCGAUGUACUCUCCAUCGAGUCAUCCCUGGCACCUACAAGGGAGUGAGACGAGGUAUCAGAACCACUGUUUUUGGAGAACAGCCUUAUUUCGAUGCAGAAAGCGAGAGUCGGGUGGCUCGCAAAUUGCGUGAGGAAAUCGAGUAUGGCAAAGUAGGCCAUCUUACAUAG